AUGGAGCCGGGCUCAGAGGCCGCGGCAGGAGAGGGGCGGCCCGCGCCCCGGCCCCGUCGCCGCCGCUCCCUGCGCCGCCUGCUCAGCCGCUUCCUGCUGGCACUGGGCAGCCGCUCCCGCCCCGAGGACUCGCCGCCUCGGCCCCAGCCGGGACACUGCGAUGGCGACGGUGAAGGGGGCUUUGCCUGCGCGCCGGCCCCAGCUCCAGACGCUCCAGGGAGCCCCGGGGAGGAGCGCCAGCCGGGACCCCAGUCCCAGCUCUCCGCCAGCGACGGGGCGCGGCCCCCGGGCACGCAGGGCUUGAAAAACCACGGCAACACCUGUUUCAUGAACGCCGUGGUGCAGUGUCUCAGCAACACCGACCUGCUGGCUGAGUUCCUGGCGCUGGGGCGCUACCGGGCGGCGCCCGGCCGUGCCGAGGUCACCGAGCAGCUGGCGGCGCUAGUGCGCGCGCUGUGGACACGCGAAUACACGCCCCAACUUUCCGCGGAGUUCAAGAAUGCAGUUUCCAAGUAUGGCUCUCAGUUCCGAGGCAAUUCCCAGCAUGACGCCCUGGAGUUCCUGCUCUGGCUGCUGGAUCGUGUGCACGAGGACUUGGAGGGCUCGACCCGAGCGCCAGGGUCCGAGAAGCUUCAGCCCGAAACCAGUAAAACCUCUGAGAACCUCCUGUCACCAUCGGCUCAGCUCUCUUUAGGUCAAAGCUUUGUGCAAAGCCACUUUCAAGCACAAUAUAGAUCUUCUUUGACUUGUCCUCAUUGCCUGAAACAGAGCAACACCUUUGAUCCUUUCCUGUGUGUGUCACUUCCUAUCCCCUUGCGCCAGACAAGAUUCUUGAGCAUCACCUUGGUCUUCCCCUCUAAGAGCCAGCAGUUCCUGCGGGUCGGCCUAGCCGUACCGAUCCUCAGCACAGUGGCAGCCUUGAGGAAAAUGGUGGCAGAGGAAGGCAGAGUCCCUGUGGAUGAGGUGAUCUUGGUUGAACUGUAUCCCAGUGGACUCCAGCGGUCUUUCUUUGAUGAAGAGGACCUGAACACUAUCACAGAGGGAGAUAAUGUGUAUGCCUUCCUAGCCCCGCCACCAACUGGCCAAGAGAUAAGCUCAGCUUGUCCACCUGGUCUGUCAGUCUCCCCACGUUUGGCAGCCCGUGAGAGUCAGCGAUUAUCCCUGCCUCUCCAUAGUGAGAACAAGGUGCUAAUCCUCUUCUGUAACUUGGUGGGGUCAGGGCAGCAGGCUAGCAGGUUUGGGCCACCAUUCCUGGUGAGGGAAGACAGAACCAUUUCCUGGGUCCAGCUCCAGCAGUGCAUUCUCAGUAAGGUCCAAUAUCUCAUGAAGAAUGAGGCCCCCAUACAGAACCCAGGGUCGCUGUUCUCCAUCCGGGUUGUCGGGCAGUCUCUGGCCUACGGCUACUUACCACCACAGCACAGUCAACCCCUCUGUCACUGGGCGAUUGACAGGGCUUUGCACCUCAGGAGGCCAGGAGGCCCCCCACAUGUCAAACUGGCUAUUGAGUGGGACAGCUGUGUCAAGGAGAGUCUGUUUGGGAGCCUCCAGGAGGAGCGGGUCCAGGAUGCGGACAGUGUGUGGCAGCAGCAGCAGGCACACCAGCAGCACAGCUGUACCUUGGACGAAUGUUUUCAGUUCUACACAAAGGAGGAGCAGCUGGCCCAGGAUGAUGCGUGGAAGUGCCCCCACUGCAAAGUCCUCCAGCAGGGCAUGGUGAAGCUGAGUCUGUGGACCCUGCCUGACAUCCUCAUCAUCCACCUCAAAAGGUUCUGUCAAGUGGGCGAGAGAAGAAAUAAGCUCUCCACGCUGGUGAAGUUUCCACUCUGUGGCCUCAACAUGGCUCCCCAUGUAGCCCAGAGGAGUGCUGGUCCCAAGCCUGAGCCAGGCUCCUGGACUUCCUGGAAGCAGCCAGCCUGCCUGCCAACCAGCUACCCACUAGACUUCCAGUAUGACUUGUAUGCUGUAUGCAAUCACCACGGCAGUCUGCAAGGUGGGCAUUACACAGCCUACUGCCGGAACUCUCUGGAUGGCCAGUGGUACAGUUACGACGACAGCACAGUGGAAUCGCUUCUUGAAGAUGAGGUCAUUACCCGAGGGGCUUACAUUCUAUUUUAUCAGAAACGGAACAGCAUCCCUUCAUGGUCAGCCAGCAGCUCCAUGAGAGGUUCCACCAGCUCCUCUUUAUCUGAUCACUGGCUCAUGAGGCUCGGGAGCAAUAAUAGCAGCAUGAGGGGAAGCCUGUUGUCCUGGAGCUCUGCCCCUGGCCCCCCACAGCCUCAGGUGCCGGCCCCUCCCAUUUUCACAAACAGCCUCUCCAGUCAGGAAAAGGGAGGGCUAGAGUCCACGCCUUUGGUCCGGGGUGUAAGAGGCCGAAGCAUCAGCAUGAAGGCGCCCAUCCCAUCCCGAGCCAAGCCAGGGGCCUUCAAGACCAUGCCCCUCCGGUGGUCUUUUGGACACAGGGAGAAGCCACUUGUUGCAUCUGUUGAGUUGGUGGAGUACUUGGAGUCCAGACGGAGACCUCGAUCCACGAGCCAGUCCAUUGUGCCGCUGUUGACAGGCGCUGCUGGUGGAGAUGAGAAGUCAGUGGUGCUGAGGUCAAAUGCCACCCUCUCUGCUAAGAGUGAAGAUAGUGGGAGAACCAACGAGAGAGUACUGGCUGGAGUGCCCUGCCCUGCGGACCACCCCAGCCAGUGCGCAGUCCCUGGAAUCUCAGAUGGUCUAAACCCAGCAAGGAAACUCAAGGAAAAUGCAAGACAGGAUAUCAGGCUUCCUAAGCAAUUUGACCUACCCCUCACAGUCAUGCCCUCGAUGGAAAGUGAGAAACGAGCCUGGCCGGAGGGCCUGAGGACCACGAACUGGAAGGGAAGUGGCCAGGCUGGGAGCAAUAGCAGAGCAUCCUCCCCCAAAGAGCCUUCACGUGCUAUGGCAUUAUCUAGAAACAGUGCAGAGACUUGCCGAAAUCCCUUAGCCAAGGUCAGAGCUAAUAAAGAAGGAAGGGACUCCGAGACAGGCAGAUUCUCACAGGGGACCCUCACCCUUCUGAGAUCUGUGUUUUGGAAGAAGGAGAACAAGAAGAAUGACAGGGCUGCUGUGACCCCCCAGGUGUCUCCAGUCUCCCUGGAGAGUGGCAGGCUGAGCCUGGCUGUGGAUGAGCAGGCUCGAGGCUCAUCCCCUUCCCUGAGGAUUCCAGAGAGCCUGGCUAGGGGCCCGGCCAGCCGCAUGGAGGGGGCUGUCCGGUCCGCACCCAGCUCUCUCCACCUCCCUCGAAAGGCCAGUAGGCCCACAAGGCCCAGUGCCUUGAGCACAUUACAAGGGAGUGUUCUUGGGGAACAGCCUCCUUUUGGCACCUUGCAAAAAGUGAAAUACCAGACCAGCAACCUGUCCUUCACAGUCCAGUUUUCCCCACAUGAUGAGGAAAGCAUUACCAACAUCUCCAUGAUCAUCCUUGAAAGUUAUAUCCAGGGCUUCAAGCCAGAGUACGGAAAGUUUCAGAGGGAAAAAAACCUAACACCCUCUUUUGAAAGUAACAUUCAAGGAGAUGAAGACAAUGGGCACGACACCUCAAACAGAAGUACCUACAUGGACCCGGAGGAAGACCUCAGACCCUCAGCUUCCUCUGUAAUAGGGACUCUGGCUCUCCAAAGAGAAAAGAAGACCACUCCUCAAUUUACUACCGUCUAUGUGGAGGCUAUAUUUUCUGCCAGGUCCCAGAGUGGCAAAGAGAAAGGAAAUGAGGACGACUCUACGGAAAACUGGAGGACUGAAUCACACUCAGGGCCAAGCUCUCUGCUGCCUUCCGCUGAACUGACCCAUGAUGUCAGAGAAUGUGGGAAGACUCAUGAGGGGGGAAGCUGUGGCUUGAUUGUGGUGUCCCCAAGAACCCUGAUUCCCAGAGUCACUGUGGUGAGGAAGUCGUCAACAAAGCAGAGGACUACCCCAGGCUGUGUGGAGCCCACAGCCACGCCUCCUCCUGUCCCUGAAGAUGCUGACCUCUCUCCUGGGCCCCAGAGGGCCAGAGGGAAAGGCUAUGUUCUGGAUAAUUUCCUAUGA